AUGCUGUACUACUACUUGACCAGGACAUUUAGCUACUGGAAAAGAAGGAACGUUCCCGGGCCGAGACCACUCCCGCUGUUUGGCAACCUGAUGGACUCUGCUCUCAGGAAGAAGAAUAUCGGGAUGGUUUUCAAGGAGAUCUACGACCAGUUCCCCGAUGAGAAAGUUGUGGGUAUAUACAGAAUGACGACACCUAGCCUACUGCUUCGGGACUUGGAAUUGAUCAAACACGUCCUCAUUAAAGACUUUGAUUGCUUCUCCGACCGAGGUCUGUCGUUAAGCGAAAAAGGACUGAGCAACAACCUGUUCUUCUCCACCUCCGACAAGUGGCGAGUGUUGAGGAACCGAUUUACGCCUAUAUUCACGUCGGGUAAGCUAAAGAAUAUGAUAUAUUUACUCGAGCAGCGGGGUGAUAAAUUUGUUGACUACCUCGAAGACCAAUGCAUGAAGAAAAGUGAGUUUGAAGUGCACGCGCUACUUCAGAGAUAUACGAUGGCAACUAUUUCGGCUUGCGCCUUUGGUCUGGACCUUGACACAUUGAACGACAAAAUCGACGUUUUGGUGGAAUUGGACAAAAUGAUCACCGACGUUCAUCGACGAGCUGGAUAUGAUGUUUCCUGGCAUAUUAAAGAAGUUGAAUUUGGAAUUAUUUCC